ACAGUAAUGACUAAGGCAAAAUAAGUUUGGUGCUGCAUUUACUCGUAGAGUAUAUGUGUAUAUAUAUAUAUACACAUGCUUGAAGGCUCUUUUAAGGAAGAUGAGAGCAAGUGCACUUCAAUCUUUCUGAUUAACUGCUAAGAAGUGUGAAGAAACUACCAAGACAAAGAUGCUCAUAGGAGGCAAUGGAUGCCCAAAAGCUUUGCAGAAGAUGAAGCCUUACGUGGCCAUGAUUUUGCUACAGUUUAGCUAUGCCGGUAUGUUCAUAAUCUCUGUGGCAACUCUCAAGGAUGGGAUGAACCAAUUUGUGCUCGUUGUAUAUCGUAAUAUUGUUGCUGCGGCUGUCAUUGCUCCUUUCGCACUCUGGUUUGAGAGGAAAGGGAGACCUAAGAUCACACCAAUCAUCUUCAUCAAGAUAUUGGCACUUGCAGUUUUGGAGCCAGUGCUUGAGCAAAACUUCUACUGUAUGGGAGCUAAGUUGACCUCAGCUAGUUUUGCUUCUACGCUUGAGAACAUAAUUCCAGCAAUUACUUACCUUAUGGCCCUUGUUCUCAGAACUGAGAAGUUCGACAUAAGGAGAAGAAGAGGCCAAGCAAAGGUAAUAGGAACCCUCCUGACAGUGGCUGGUGCAGUUCUCAUGAUUCUAUACAAAGGCCCCAUCUUCGAUCUAGUCUUUUACUCCAAAGCUCGAGAGAAACAAAGCAACUCUGCUAGUUCCAUUGGGCAAGGCAAAGACAGAUCCAAGUGGAUGAAAGGCACAUUUAUGAUUAUAGGGAGCAGCACCAGCUGGUCAGCCUUCUUAAUCCUACAAUCAAACACAUUGGAAUCAUAUCCAGCUGAACUUACUCUUACUGCUUUGAUCUGCUCAAUGGGUGCGGUGAUGAGUACUACGGUUGCCUUAGUGGCAAAUCAUGCAAGUAGCAAGCCAUGGAUUAUAGGUUUGGAUAAGCGGCUUCUUGCCCCAAUCUACACUGGGGUGGUAUGCACUGGAGUUGCUUAUUAUGUGCAAGGGAUAGUGAUGAAGGAGAGGGGUCCAGUGUUUGCAAGUGCUUUUAGCCCUCUUGUCAUGAUUAUGACUGCCAUUAUGGGCUCCUUCAUUCUGGCAGAAAAGUUAUCUCUAGGAAUGAUUAUUGGAGCUAUUAUAAUGGUGGCAGGUCUCUACGCACUCCUGUGGGGCAAAAGCAGGGAUUAUAUAAGCUCAUCUGAAAUUGAAAGAAAUGCAGGAGAAUCAGAGCUGCCUGUAGCUACAUCCAAUGUUAGCAAUAGAGAUUCCAGCAUGAAUGGUCAAGAUACCAAAGAUGAAAAAAUAUCAAUUGUUCUAUAAUUAUGGAGUGCGGUUAUACACUCUUGUUUGAUAAGUGUAUUAUCCAAAGUUUAAAUUAAAAUUAAGUAUAAAAUAUUUAUUUAAA